AUGUCACUAAUACGAAAAAGACAACUCAUAACCACUGAGGAAGAAGAUGCUCAUCAAGUUAAACGACAAGCGACUACAAUAACCACUCCCUUGAUUGCCAAACUAUACAGCACACGAGGUGCUCCCACUAUCGAUGUUCCCAACAAGUCAACGAUAUUUCUCGGUCGAAGCAAAGCAUGUGAUGUUCAACUACAAGGAGUUGACGUUUCCUCCAAACACUGUCAAUUAGAUCGUAUCACAUCGGAAAGUCAAGACAAGACUAGAGAAUAUUUGCAAUUGACUGAUUUAAGUUCAAAUGGGGUCUAUAUCAAUGGAGAAAAAAUGGAUCGCCAGACCAGUUCAAUUUUGAAAACAGGAGAUAAAUUACAAUUUGCCAAAACUGGAGGCAACUAUAUUUUUCGAUACACAUACGACAUCACCAAUGAUGUAUCAUCCGAUGUGCCUUUACAUGAUAAUUCACAUGUCGGUAAAUCGUUUAAAAACUCGUUUUUCGAUGAUUACAUCCUUGGUAAGCAAUUAGGUACUGGUCAUUAUGCCAUUGUACGUGAAGCCAAGAAUAAGCAAACGGGACAAGUUGUAGCCGUAAAGGUUUUUCAUCCAAACAAGACAAAUUCAGCAGCACAGGAUGCCAAAUUACAACAAGAAAUGAAUCUUUUGCUCUCGAUAAAUCAUCCAAACAUUGUCCAAUUUGUCGGCCAUUAUAUUGAACCCAAUAAUAAAAAUUCCGUCAAUACUUAUUUAGUGUUGGAAAAAGUCAAUAAUGGGGAGCUUUUUCAACGAAUUGUGAAUAAGCAGAAACUACGAAGUGAUGAAACUAGAGCUAUCUUCAAACAAUUGUUGAGUGGAUUGAAAUAUUUACAUGAUAAUGAUAUAAUCCAUCGAGAUAUCAAGCCGGAAAACAUAUUGUUGGAUAUAACAAGACGAGAAAAUCCUCAACAAGAACAGACUGGGCCGUGGGACCCCGAUGAACUUGAGUUGCGAGUGAAGAUUGCCGAUUUCGGUUUGGCUAAAUUCAUUGGUGAAUUGAAAUUCACAAAUACAUUAUGUGGUACGCCAGCUUAUGUGGCUCCUGAAAUUUUGAAAUAUGAUCGCAAUUAUUCAACAAAGGUUGAUCUUUGGUCAAGUGGUGUGUUGUUGUAUGUGUGUUUAAGUGGGUUUCCCCCGUUUAGUGAUGAAUUAGCACCUCCUAAUAUGAAGGAACAGAUAUUGACGGGGAAAUAUGCAUUUUACUCGCCCUAUUUUGAUGAAAUUGAUGAUGUUGUUUUAGACUUGAUUACGAAUUUGUUGAAAGUCGAUCCCGAAGAACGAUUUGAUGUUGAACAUGCAUUAAACCACGAAUGGUUUCAGGAUUAA